UUCGCGUGGCGGGCUUUUUUUCCGCUCGUUCCCCUCCCUCUCUUUUUUUCUUCUUUCAAAAUUCGCCUUUACCUCGCACCGCGUGACGUGCAUGUGUGUGCGCGAUCACGUGCCGGUCGCGGGACGAAUCUCGACCGUCGGCGAAUUUUGAAAUUUUGAAACUCGCGCCGAUCGUCGAACGAUUCUGGGCGAGAUCGGUCACCGAUCGUCGCGCGAUCGCGCCGUCAAAACCGGCCGCGCGCGCGUGUCAGCUCGAUUUUUCCGAGCCGAUUUUUCGGUCGCGCGAAAGGAAAAUGACUCUUUGUCCAGAACAAGCCUGUCGCGUCGCGAUCGCGACGAUUCCGCGAGAUCGGCAACGCGGAAUGCUCGUGAUCGGCGACGAAACUCGUCUGGCCUCUCUCGUUGAUCAAUGACUCUUCCCGAAUUCGCGUCUCCGCGGAUAAAUCGACUCGUUCGUCUAAAUAUAACGGCGACACUUUCAGCACCCAGGUGCUUAUAAAGGUGCGGCGACACGUCUCGUUGCGUCUCGCGAAAAGUCUCUGGCCGAGGAUUAAUUUUGCCGAUUGCGUUGACGAGCCGCGAAAUUAGUUAAUUAGAUCGUUUAUAAAAUUGUGGGGAAACGCGACGGACGGGGAUGAUCGUGCGAGGAUACGUCCGCACGUCGAGCGCGACCAUUUUAUACGGGGCUGCAAAAGUGUUAAAAAUUAGCAUUUUAUUGAUUACAAUAAGUAUACCGUGCGCGCCGUAUGUAUGUAUGUAUGUGUAUAUAUAUAUAUAUAUAUAUGCUAUACAAGUACCACAUCUAUAAAUAUAAUCGGAAAUGAGGGCCGCCGGGGAGCGGCGUCGGGAAACGACGUUGGACGGAAUAAAUUAAUGCGGGGAAUGCGUCAAUCGGACGUAUUGUGCGAGAAAGCCACAGUGACUUGUCCCUGUUAAAUAAAUACCGAUCCACCCGGCGAGAUAGUCGGCGCUUCGCGACACGCCGAGAGCUAGGUUAAUUGCGCACGACGAGAUCGAAAGGGGUGGCGAGACGGGUCAUGCGGACAUGAAUAAUUGAUGACGAAAAAAUGACGAAAGUGUCAUCGGAGGACAAAUUUUCGAAAAUGGUCUGUUCUAUAUGCAUCAAGAGACUGGAGGGCGUCCAUCGUUUCGCAAUGAUGGCAUACCGCACUCAAGAAAAAUUGAAAUCACAGUUCUGCGAUAACGUUGACAAUACGAGUUCCGUACAAGACGACGAGAUGCCAAAUAUUAAGGAUACGCAAGACACUGCGAAAAAGACGGAAGAUCGAGGUCUCUUACAUUCAAUACUGACGAAGGUACGUAUGAAGGGUGUAAUAGAGAUCCUAACCGAGGACGAGCCACUGGUGUCGCCGGAAUCGAAUUCACAGGAGGAUAAGCGUCACACCCCAAGCAUGGAGGAAAUGGAGGUGAAGGUGGACCCAAUGCUGUUUCUCCAGUGCGGUAUGGAACCAUCUGGAUCGGAAGCUUCCGACUCCUCGGACUACGAGGAGGAAAUAACGAGGAGAAAUUCACCGGAGCCGCUUCCUCUGACAAAUAAUGUACUUUGCUCAUUCAGAAACACUGAGCCGGAUGGAGAGGAGGAGGAGGAGGAGGAGGAGGAGGAGGAGGAGGAGGAAGGGAAGAACGAGAGUGAGACCAAGCGGCACGAGCGCGGUGGUAAAACCAUGUCGAAUAUGGCAAAGCCGCACGAGUGCACGAUAUGCGCCCGGUCUUUCAUAUCGGAAAUCGGCUUACAAAAUCACCUGUGGUUGCACUUACCCAAAGAGAGGAAAUUCGACGGGAAGCCUAUCUUGCGAUCUCAGCACGUUUACUCGACGAACGGUGUGCUGCACACGAACGGUGAUAACAAUUCGUCCAGCAAUUUCAUCUGUCCAAUCUGUAGUAAAAAGAUUUCUACGAAGGGAAAUUUGAAAGUGCAUUUAGAGACUCACAGGCCUAAGGGGAAGUACGGUUGCGACAUAUGUGGAAGAAUUUUCAAGACGCAGUCGAACCUGUUCAGACACAAGGAAUACCACGGCGGCAUACAGUUCCCGUGCAACGUCUGCGGCAGGGUGUACCCGACGAAUUCGACGUUACGCGCCCACAGCAUAACGCACUCGGACCUCAGACCGCACGCAUGCCCGCUCUGCGACAAGACGUUCAAGCGAAAUCAGGAUCUGAAGUUUCACAUAAAUCAGCACACGGGUGCGAGGCCUUAUCAGUGUCCUUACUGUCCGAAAGCUUUCGCGAGCUCCGGCAACUGUUUUUCGCAUCGUAAGAGGAUGCAUCCGCGGGAGGUCCACCGAGACCGGCAGAGAGCGGCGGAUCUAAUGAGAUGAACCAUGGGCAGUCAGUACGAGGACUGGUCUUAGAAUCUUGGAGAAGUACUCCUCCCGAUUGAUCGUGUAUUAGUAUUUGUCGUAAGAACACGUAAAACUUUUCUCUCAUUUCCAGCGCGAUUAACGGUGCUAACCGGUACGGGAAACCUGGGAAAUUUUCUAUGCUUUAUUGUUCUUAACUUAUUUGUAUACACAUUUAGCGUUAAGUACGUUAUUGUUGGUAUUAUAUACUUUGUUAGUUAUUUAUUGGAUAUCUACGUCUUUCUACCGUCUAAUAGUAAUGUUCGUUGAUAAACGAGAUGUUGCUAAACUUCCAUCGUUAUUAGUGGACUUAGCGAUUAGGCUUCGCUACGGGGUGCGUAGAUGGCACGGAGAGUGAGUUUGAAAUUUCAUAGCCAGAUUUCGGUAUCGGUUGCUUCUAGUCUUAUAUUUUUCGCGCACACUCAUUCAAUUUAUAUGCACUGCUUUGACAGCAAAAAAUAAUUAAGUUAAGUUAUUUUUUUCCUAGACACAUGAUGCAAAUAAUUGCUUAAAGGAUCUUGUUUCGUUACGUGUUUUUUAGCGUCUUUUAUUUUCGUGAUAAAAAUAUCCACACUGCCAUUUUACACAUUUUACUCCUUCGUUUCUGAUAUUUUUAAUCUAACGGUAUUAAAUAUAAGUAGCAGUAAUUUAAUGAUUUGUUAUUUAUUUAUAGAAAAAAGAAGGGACGUUCAUACGUAUAACGAGAUAUAUUGUAAAAUUAGCGGUACGCCCUAUACAUAUAUGUACGACGUUGCUUAACGACUCUGUGAUAAUCGUUUAGUACUGAUCGUUUUACACUGGUUAUGAAAUUUACAACUUAUCGGCUGAUACCAAUAUAUAGGAAUAUUAUUCUACGAACGUAGAUUAUACACGACUGUAGCAUUAUUCAAACAGUGACGAAGAUUCUAAAGGAAGACACGUUAUUUUACUCGCAGCGAUCAAGGAGUUAACACUCCAGAGAGAACUUUAUACAGGACACACACACACACACACAUAUAUAUAUAUAUAUUGACCAAGAAGAAAAGAAAGAAAAAUUGCGAAAAGGAGAAAAAGUUUUGUAGUCUGUGUGACAUAUUUUUAGCACAAUACAAACAUCAUCAUAAAUGUUAAGACUGUAUACGAAAAAUUAUGUGUCAAAUUAGGUAGUAAUUGUAAGGACAAACAUGACCGAACACGUCACGUCACGUCGCAGUCACGUGGUCAAGUCGUCUAGUCGUCGCAGUAUUAAUUUAUCGAUAAGAGUAAAGGUGCGCCAUACUCGAUACAAAUACGAUCAUGAUGUUAUUCUUAUAAGCGAGAUAAAUAUUAAAUCGAAGUCUGAGUAGUUUUUAGGGAGGAUCAUAGUUAAGUCAGUCACUUAGUGCGUGUAACGUAGAUAAUAGUCCGUGCUUCCGUACAAUGUAUACAUCCGCACACAUGCUGACUCACCGCAGAAGGUAUAUAAAAUAUAAAUAGAGGGGCGUACAGGGCAGACGAAGAGAAAAGUACACAUGUAACGGUACACAAACAAUAAGUAGGGUACUAUGUAUCGCAGAGACAAAAGGUAUAUCACCGUGUAACCACAUUAUUAAUACCGCAUUAUUAGUUCAUAGAGAUACAAGCGUGUAUUUUGCGAUUACGUUUUUUCCGGAUGCUUGACGGCGUUAUAUAUUAUAUAUACAUAUAUAUAUAGAGAGAGAGAUAGGCAACAAUAAAUAGUAAUUAUAUAUAUAUACAUAAAAAUAAUCAAUUUUUGACAGAAAGGAAGAGCAUCCGAGGCGAUCAGUGCAAUGCUCGCGGCUCAAUCAUCAUUCUUGCAUCUUUUAGACCUUAGAGAAUCAAAAAUUGAGUAUUUUUCUAAAGCCAAAGACACACACCAAAGAGACAGCCCUAGUGAUUGAGACUAGCGAUUAAACAAUACUUCAGAAGUGCCAGUUGUAAUGCAGAAAAUUAAUUAGUAGCGCAUUCAGCAGCAGACAAAUACCGGAGGAUCAUUUUGUAGAGUUAGCUAGUGCGGAAUACACCAUCUGUGACGUAUAUAUACGAAUAAAUUCAUUGUAUAAAA